AUGAUACCCCACCGACUUUCACGCCCUCUGUUCCCCCUCGCCAGAUCGUUUCGGUCGGAUCGAAAAUCGCAAGCACUUCCAUGGCUGUUGCGGCAGAGGCUGGUGCAGGGGGCGAUGCUCGUGCUCAGCCUGCAGAGCCUCCCUGUCGCAGCCAGACCCAACAUCGUCCUCAUCAUGAGCGACGACCAGGACGCUCGGCUGGGGUCCAUGCGGUUUAUGGAAACCGUCCAGUCAGAGCUCGUGGCCAAGGGAAGCAGCUUUGCGGCUCACAACACCAACGCUACCAACGUUUUUGCUCCUGGAUCUGGACAAGUUUCUAACGGCGUCAACCUGUUGAAUUGGGCGUCACCUCCCAAAGGUUGGGAUCACGUCGACGACUUGCUCGAGCCGUACCAGACUACUCCCAACUCGGUUUUCAUGGCCGAGUAUGGCAGCACGCCCGUGUUCUUUAAGGGUUACCACCAGGCAGAUGUCACCCGGGCCAAGGCCCUUGAUCGCCUGGAGCAGCUGACUGCUCAGUCGGACCCCUUCUUCCUGUUCAUCUCGCCAACGGCGCUUUAUUUAGAUGACAGCACGGAAAUCACGGUGCCGUGCACUUGCCACGAGAAGCUGUUCACUAACGCCACGGUGCCGAGAACGCCGUCUUUCAGCCCGCCCGACAACGUUCAGCGGAAUCAAGUCUGGUGGAUCCGAGAGCUGAGCAGGAUGGGAGACGCCGAGAUGGACUGGGCCGAUGCAGAAUAUCGUCGGCGAGCCCAGGCCCUGGCCGGGGUUGAUAAGCUGGUCAGCGACGUCCUUGGCAAGCUGGAGGAGAAAGGAGCCCUGGACAACACCUACAGUAAGCGCCGCCACUCCUUUGCCGUACCGCUGCCAUCGUCUAACCACAGGAUGGCUGUCGGCAAAACGACGCCUUUUACCGAGGACACCAAUCUCCCUUUUGUCGUCAGAGGCCCUGGGGUUCCCCAGGGUGUGGAGUCGACGCUUGUCGGCUCUCGUCUGGACCUUGCGCCAACGUUUCUCGACAUAGCAGGGGUCCCCAAGGGGGAGCUCCCGUCCCUCUUGGACUCCCACUGGUGCGAAACUAGCGAUGUAGAGCUUUACAAAACCAUUGUAGACUUCAGGAAUACUUGGCCCGGAACGUCGACCACUUGA